AUUCAAGCCUCUGUGGUGGUCGCUCUCUCGCUCGCUCGCCCUCGGAUUCUGGCUGUGGCCCUCACUUGGCAACUUUGGAACGGGGCAUCUCCUCACCACAUAUUAUUAAAGUACCAAACCAAAUAACAACUCAAUCAUCUCCAUAGUCCGAAGACCAAAGCCUCGCCAUAUCUGACGGCGCCCAUCCUUCGCUCCACGACCGCACUAACCCGAGAAUCGGCCCAAAGUCGUCGCCCAUCCUCCCACCCUUAAAUUGGACUGAGCCCGUGUUGGAUUCAAGCCGUGCGUGGGACAGCGGGUACUGCCCUUCCGCCGUUCCGCCGUUUCCACACAGGUGGCUCUGCGGGGAAUGCCACCGCCUAAGCUAAUGGGGUGAGCUUUAUCCGGGCUAUGGCCGAGGAUGAAGAUAUGCCGCCAGCCGCCGAGGCCGAGGGCCACCCGCCGCCUGCCCUUAAUACGCCCACCAUCAUCAAAGUGGCCGACGCUAGGCCCGCGACGCCGGCCCCCGUGAGUUUGGUGGUAACUCCUCAGCCCACGGACACACACACGGUCAGUUCCGUCCAGACGUGUCCGACCGUGGCAUCUCAGCCGCUGAAAACGAUCUGCGCUGAAAAUGACAGCCGAGGCCAGGUUGGCCAACUCCCGGGGGAUGCCACUAGCCCGCCUGAGCUGGACCCGGGGGGACCGAAAAAAGCCGCCCCAUCCGACCACGUUCCGCUUUUGGCCGAGGAUUCCCCGAUUUGUGGUGGGUCUUCAGCAACCACUCGCACUCUCAUUUCCAGUUCUCUUUCCACCAUUGCGACUACCCCGUCCGAGGAAGAUGAGGAAGCGGCGGAUGUGGAAGAAGCGGAUGUGGAGGAAAGCAAUGCGUAUGCGCCCCGCACCUCGCAAGUCCCCGAGUCCGUCAAGAACGACGUGGAUAAAUGGCUUCAGUAUUUAGACGAAUCCGACCCCUGUCAUCGCUUGCGGUCACUGUGCAAGAAAGGGGACGUGGCAGCCGUGCGAAAGCUUUUGUCGUCGGGUGAGCCUGGCCUCGACAUCAAUGCGGUGAGUGAUGAGGGCUGGACUUGUCUCCACGAAAUCAUCACCCACGAGUGCCAAUUUACAGAAGUGGCUCGCGUUCUGCUCGACUUUGGCGCGUCCGUUAACACGCAAGAUCUGCAUGGGGAUAGCCCCCUUCACAGCGCCUUACUUUAUCACAACGUGGAAAACAUCGGAUUGCUCGUCGAUCAUGGCUCGGACUUAACCCUCUUGAACGCGGGCGGACGUACGCCCGUGCACGUAGCCGAUGAGAGUGAGACGCUGAAGCUACUGCUCGAUAAAGGGGCCAAGGUCGACACCCAAGAUCGGCUAGGCAACACCCCGCUUCAUUAUGCCGUCGUGUCCCGCGAUCGAGAGCGAGUUUCGCUCAUGAUUACGCAAUAUGAGCCAUCGAUCAAUCUUCAAAACCAGGCCGGCUCGUCCGCUCUCCAUCUCACCAACGACACGGACAUUGCCCAAAUGCUCCUGAUGGCUGGGGCGGAUCCCAAUGUGCCCGAUCUCAAUUUGAAUACGCCGUUACACGUAGCGGUCCGUGGGAGACACAAAGAGAUUGUCAAGAUGAUGUUAGAAAAAUCGGCCGACAUCACCUUGACUAACGCGGCUGGGAAGACCCCGGUCAAUAUGUCCAAGGAUCGGGAAAUGAAAAACAUAUUGUUGGGUAAGAUAUCGGCCACGCCCAACCAAUUGGCCGGGCCGCCGUGCGCCACGAAUCAAAAGAAGCCAAUCCCGGUCGCUAGUGAGAAAGGCGGCGCCAAGUCAUCCGUGUCAGAUUCUGUGGACAAAUGCGCCCAGCAAGUCGUGGUCAACCCCGUGGUGGUUUGUAUCACUCGUAGCAUUCUGAAACGCCGCCGCUUCGACGUGAACGAUGAAGCGGCGAGUGAUCCACCCGCAUCCAAAGGACCUCGCCUCCGCUUUUCAGAGGUCAAUGACUACAGUGGUGUAGAAGUGAUACAAGAACAGAAACGAGUGAGAGUGCCGCCCAUCUAUAGUGAGCCGAAAUUCUCGUCGGACGACGAGUUCUAGCUUAUUGCUUAUCCGGAAGGAGACACCAUUCACUCCUUGAAACACACGCUUAGGAUCUACCAGUGAGCUGCUGUUACGCCUACUACUACUACUGCUACCUGCACUGCGAUCCGCGAUCCGCGAAACUCGCCUUCACCUAAAUACCCCUUCGUCCCCAGCCUUUCGCCUCCCUUAACCACAAACAUGGCCCAUGCCCUAUCCCGAAAAGAAAGAAUAUACUAACGAAUUAGAAGCAGUAAUUGAUUUUUUGGGCCGCAUUGGGUUGCGGUCGCAUUCGUUUUUGGGUCGAAUACAUACAUACCCAGUCAAGUUUAACUGAAAUAAAUUCUGUCAUGACGCUAGAAGUGAGUAAAAA